GCGCAUGCGCAGACCGCCGAGAAAGUUAACUCCUGAACUUCGUAGUCAGAAAAAUUCUGAUUUAUAAAAUACCAGGGAAUACUCCGUUGAGUUGACAUGGCAUUUCGCCGAAGAAACAAGAGUUACCCCUUCUUCAGCCAGGAGUUCCUCAUACAAAACCACGCAGACAUCGUUUUCAGUCUGGUGAUUUUCAUUUUGAUUGGAUUGAUGUUUGAGGCAACAGCCAAGACAGCUAUCCUGUUUAUUCAGCCACAGUACAAUGUCACCACAUUAUCACCAGAGGGAGAGGUGACGUUGUACCAUUACGGGUGGAAGGACUGCGCCACCAUCCUGUUCUAUUUCUUCAUCGCCAUCAUCCUCCAUGCAGUAGUCCAGGAGUAUCUACUGGAUAAAGUGAACCGACGUCUUCACCUCUCCAAGAGCAAGAAUACAAAGUUCAAUGAGUCGGGCCAGCUGUGCGUGUUUCACCUGGUGUCUAGUGUGUGGAGCUUCUACAUUCUCAUAACGGAAGGAUAUCUCCUGCAUCCCAGCAGCCUUUGGGAGAAUUAUCCCCAUGUACAUCUCAGGUUUCAGGUGAAGUUUUUCUACCUCACUCAGCUGGCCUACUGGCUCCACGCCUUGCCAGAGCUCUACUUCCAGAAAGUACGCAAGGAAGAGAUUUCUCGUCAGCUCCAGUACAUCUGCCUCUACCUGCUGCACAUCUCUGCAGCCUAUUUGUUAAAUUUGAGUCGUGUGGGUCUGGUCCUCUUGUUCCUCCAGUAUGUCUCAGAGCUGGGCUUUCACAUCGCUAGACUUUUGUACUUCACUGAUGAGAAUCAUCAGAAAAUGUUUGAUAUGUGGGCGGUCAGCUUCGUGUUUACGCGGAUGUCUACGCUGACCCUGAUGUUCCUCUCGGUGGGGUUUGGUUUGUCUCGUGCUGAGAACCAGGGGCUGGACCUGGACAUGGGCAACUUCAACACUGUACUGAUAAGGAUGACUGUUCUGCUGCUGGUGUGUUUAACCCAGUCUUGGCUACUGUGGAAGUUUAUCCGUUUCCAGCUGAGGCGCUGGAGGGAGUUCAGACAUGAACAGGCUGUUCGCAAGAAGGCUGCCACAAAACAACCCCUGCGGCCACUGAAGAGGGAUUCACUUGGUCACCACGAAAACGGAGUCCUGAAAGCUGAGAACGGAGCCUCCCCUCGAACGAAAAAACUGAAAUCCCCCUAAGAGAGCACACUGACUGGCCCGAUCAUUUGCCUGAGCGCCGGCCGAGGUCUCUCAUCGGCGCCACAAGUGAAGCUGGGAGCCGCUGGCCGCCAAGCGUCUGGUUGAGUAUGUCCUGAGGUGUCACAUGGACUCUUGCCGUGACAGACUCGAGCCUGAAUGCUGGAAAAA